GUCAAAGCCCGGUGCCGAUUUCACAUCUUUCUGGCUGUCAUAUGGAAGGAAAAAAAACUGAGUUUUGCCCUCUUAAAUGAAGUCAAAGAGACUCCGAUCUGCUGUAUCGUGGCGCGUAGUAGCGACUGUUCUGUAAACAGAGGGGUGGCUUCUUUAGAGACUUUGUUUGAAAAGAAUACAUUUUAAAAGUGUGGGAAUAUCCUAAAGAAUCACAGGCGGAGAAUGGCGUCUAUAGGGGAAUUCGACCCUCUUCACUCUACAGUUCCUGCUACUAAAAUUGAGGUCACCGUAUCGUGCAGGAGCCUACUGGAUAUGGACACAUUCUCCAAAUCUGAUCCUGUUGUAGUUCUGUAUGUACAAGGCAUCGGCACAAAAGAAUGGCGGGAGUUUGGAAGAACCGAAGUUAUCGAUAACACAUUAAACCCAGAUUUUGUGCGAAAGUUCGUCCUUGACUAUUUUUUUGAAGAAAAACAAAAUCUCCGAUUUGACGUGUAUAAUGUCGACUCAAGAAGUUCCAACAUUUCAAAACAUAAGGAUUUUCUCGGACAGACAUUUUGCACUUUAGGAGAGGUUAUUGGCUCUCCUGGCAGUCGACUGGAGAGAACUCUUUCGGGGAUUCCAGGGAAGAAAUGCGGGACCAUUAUCUUAUCUGCAGAGGAGCUGAGCAACUGUCGGGAUAUUGCAACCAUGCAGCUUUGUGCCAAUAAACUCGAUAAGAAGGACUUUUUUGGGAAGUCUGACCCCUUUCUUGUCUUUUAUCGCAGCAAUGAAGAUGGAACGUUUACUAUCUGCCAUAAAACAGAGGUUGUGAAGAACACCCUGAAUCCCGUCUGGCAGCCCUUUACGAUUCCUGUGCGGGCAUUAUGCAAUGGCGACUAUGACAGAACAGUUAAAGUAGACGUCUAUGACUGGGAUCGAGAUGGCAGCCAUGACUUCAUCGGGGAAUUCACUACAAGCUAUCGGGAACUUUCUAGAGGACAAAGCCAGUUCAAUGUCUAUGAGGUAUUAAAUCCAAAAAAGAAGGGAAAGAAGAAAAAAUACAUAAAUUCCGGCACAGUCACCUUACUGUCCUUCAAGGUCGAUUCUGAAUACACCUUUGUGGAUUAUAUCCGAGGAGGAACUCAGCUUAACUUUACGGUAGCAAUCGAUUUCACGGCAUCUAAUGGAAAUCCCUCGCAGCCAACCUCUCUGCACUACAUGAAUCCGUAUCAGAUGAAUGCCUAUGCCAUGGCCCUCAAGGCUGUGGGAGAAAUCAUUCAGGACUACGACAGUGACAAGCUCUUUCCUGCGUAUGGAUUUGGGGCAAAGUUACCACCAGAUGGAAAAAUCUCUCAUGAGUUCCCACUGAAUGGAGAUCCUGAAAAUCCCAACUGUGUAGGAAUUGAAGGUGUCCUGGAGUCGUACUUCCAAAGCCUUAGAACAGUGCAGCUGUAUGGACCGACCAACUUUAGCCCUGUGAUCAAUCAAGUAGCAAGGUCAGCAGCUAAAGUGACGGAUGGCUCCCAGUAUUUUGUCCUUUUGAUGAUCACAGAUGGAGUUAUCUCUGACAUGGUCCAGACAAAGGAAGCCAUUGUUAAUGCUGCUUCCCUUCCUAUGUCUGUUAUAAUCAUUGGAGUUGGACCAGCAGAGUUUGAUGCAAUGGAGGAAUUAGACGGAGAUGAAGUACGUGUAUCAUCUAGGGGGCAUUUUGCAGAAAGAGACAUCGUGCAGUUUGUGCCAUUUCGAGAUUACAUUGACCGCUCUGGAAACCAAGUGUUGAGUAUGGCCCGCCUGGCCAAGGAUGUACUAGCAGAGAUCCCAGAACAGUUACUGUCCUUUAUGAAAUCCCGUGGAAUUGAACCUCGUCCUGCCCUUCCUUCAUCACAGCAGGCACUUCACAUGAGGAUCUAGCCAGAAGAUCUCUUGGUGUCAUUUUAGUGAAGUUCACCUCUAGUAACACUGUGUGCAAAUCCACAUCUGACGAUCAAGAACACAAAUGGGUUCAAAGACCAUUCUCCCUUCAUCGGGCUCUCAGCAUUGCAUGGAUGAGAACCUUUCUGUCUUAUAAUUCUGUGUGCCUGUCAGUAUUCUUUAUAGUUGUCCACAGUUUAUACCAAAAGUUCUUUCUUCCUCCACCAAGCAUGUUUUUCAGCAUCUUCAAAUCUGAUGUAUUUCUGACUUUUCACAUUCUUCUGUAGAGGUCCUAUUAAAGAAGAGAAGAUGCUUUUCCCACACUUGGGUCUGAAGAAAUGAAGGAUUAGAUAAGGUUUUGAAUAAGUCAGGAUGUGCACACUUGGGAAUGCCCUUUAAAUUUCAACAGUCCCUGCACUGCAGUUGCAAGAAGAGGAGCAAAGUAUGGCAGAUCAACCAUUUUCUGCAGGUCCAGUAGAUUUCAUAACUCAAGAAAGACCAAUGGAAACAUUUAUUUCUUUACCUUUAUGACUGGCCAAAGGCUGUUUACCCUCUAUGAUGGAAUGAUGGAAAUCAUAUCAAAUUUCAGAAAAAGAAGUGCUAUCUGUAACUUCCCUCUGGUUCAGUCAAUCUAGCUAGCCUUCUAAUUCACCCCAUAGAAAAUACUUUGAUUUCCAGCUACAUGUUUUAUAUACUGCAUUUUGAUGUAUAGUACCUGUCAGAGAAAGUAGUAAGAGGCAUGUUUUUUUCAGCCAAACUAACAUAGGGUCUGCCAUAGUAAAGAAAACCACAAAUUACAGGACAAACAUUGACCCAACAUAUCUGAACUAAGGUAGGUAGAAGAGAUAAAGGUGGACCCCAUCACAAAAGAAAUGGACAUGAAUGGAUCCCAAAAGUACUCCCUAAAGGGGUGAUAUGGUACACAAUACCAGUGACUUCAAAAUAAGCCCAUGGCAGCAGUUUUAUGACUUGUGCUUCAUCCUUACUAAUGUCCUGGACAAUGGAGAUCAUUAACCAGUGCUUUAAGAUAUGGUCAAGAUAAGACAAAAGCAUAAUUUCAACCACAAGACAACCAUCAGAGCUUAAUGUGAGUGCAAAAAUGUCAUCUUGGUUUGUUUUACUUGCAACUGUUAAAGUAUCUCCUUUACUAUUACCAUUAAAUAAGCUGUCAGCUGAUGUGAUGGGGGCACUUAUUGAAUUAAUGGGAAUCCAAAAAACACCAGUCUUCAUUAGAGGGAACUCUAGGUGUUUGGUGUUAAUAACCAUUGUUUUUCUCUUCCUUCCAACCAGAUAUCUUUGUUUCUCUUCAAUGAUCCUGCCCUUAGUGCUCCUUUCAAUGGGUAGUAUGAAUUGGAUUAUGGAGGUCUGAGAAUAUUAUGCAAUGUCACAUCGUCUUUUAUUGGUCUCAACAGCUAAAACAAAAAAAAAAGGUCAAAUAGCGCCUCAAUUUAUCUGACCGUAAUAUCACUCUACUUAAAUUCUCGCUAUAAGUAAUGUGACUCAUUUAUGGCAUGCAAUUUUUUUCAUUUCAGUAAGUCAUCAAUCAGUGUUACUUUUGGGGUAUAUAAAGCCAUUUGAGGCAAGCACUGUCAUGUAAUGUUCUUAAGAAAGCAGUAAAGGACAAUAUAUUAAGAUCAAGCAGGAAAAGCUAAGCAUGGAAUGUAUUUAAAAGCAGGGGUGCCAACGGGAAGGGGAAAUGGGAGCAUUUGUCACUGGCCCUGGGCUAAUUGGGGUCCCCAGGACAAUCUGUGAGCAAAUUUUUUUGUCUUUCCAACAGCAAUGUUUGUAACAAUAUCUGGUGAUCGGACAUUAGGCUUUAAAUGCCAAAUGAGGCACGUGAAGAAGAUAUACUGAACUGACGCCUCUUGAAUCACAUAAGGGUAAGGGUUCCCAACCUGGGGUGUUAGAUGGCAUUUCAGGGAAAGGCUGGGUUGCAAUUCACUAAAAUUAAGUGAGGUGUGUUGUCUGACUUUAUCGUUGUGCGGUUGGUGUCUUGCAGUGUGCCUUCAUUUGCAGGUCAUUUAUUAGUUAGUGUGCCUGUUCUAGGGUGUGAAAAUAAUCAAGUAUUGUACGCACAAUGAGCCUGUAAAUGAGCCACAGAAAUGCACCUUCUUACAAGUUCCUUGCUGCGGGUGGACUGUUUGUGAAGGCAAAUAACUUUUUUUAAGAGAAUGAAAUUUGAACUUUGCAAUGAUCCGUAGAGAAGGCCGAGGUCUAGUAUUGAUUUCUGUGUAAGCCCUGAUGGUGAAAUGUCACUGAUUUUGAGGUUUGAUUGACAAGGGGGUGACAAGGGGGACUGAAUUUUAAUGCAGCACCUGCCGUUAAAAACCUUGCACUGUUCCAGUGUGGUGUCACUCGGGUCCCAAUUCGUUGUGUGGUGGGUGCAGCAAUACGCUUUCAGCACAAUCUCCCUCUACUGUUUACACACAGUAAAUCUCUCCUGCUGGCGGUCCUGGCAGUAGCGCAGCAAUUUUAACUGUACAGCUCAUCUGUUUUUGAACUGCAGUGCAGGUCUUAUCGGGGGACAAAGAUCGCUGACUGUGUUUCAUUGAUUAGUGGCGUGCCGGCACCACUGCUUCACAAAAUUCUCCAGUCCCCCGAACCUCUCGAUUGUUGAUUAAGUGUCGUUUCCUCAUGGUGCUUGAUUAAAUCUCAGCAUUAUUAAGAUUUAUAAAGGUGAAUUGCUCAAUUUACAUUUAAGUUGUAUGCACUGAGUUAAAAGCUUAUGUUUUGAGUUCAAUUUGUUCAUCUGCAGUACUGUAUGUGGUUCAAAAAUGACAAAUUUGACUUCUUCCUCUUCAAGUGUAAUAUUAGUUUUAUAGGGGGUGCAAACACAAAUCAAACAUUGCCUAGGGGUACAGGGCAUAGAAAAGUGUGAGGGGGAGACCACUGGCUUAAAGAAUAAAAUGUGAGAGGAUUUACCCCGAUGUGCUGUGUAUUUUCUCACAUUACCAGGCUUAACAGUCCUGUCCAUUAAAUGUGAGCUUGAGUGCCAAGUGAAUUUUGAAGAUGUUAUUAUUUGCUUUGUGGUGGACUCUGUAGAAAUUAAAGAAGUAAGAUUGGGCCAGUUAUUUGCUAUAUUUGUUUUACUUGAUGUUAAAAGCAUAAUUUGCUGCAUUUGGUUUCUAAUGUUACAAAAUACACACAUUGAUAAUAUUUUGUCAGUAACGCUUUCAUUAAACAGCCAUUACAUUGUGAGGCUGAUGCUGAGGAGAUGCCUAAUAGAACAGUCUGGGGCCGUGAGAUGUGGAACGGUGCCCUUGCUUAGAAAAGCACACAUUUACUUAGUUGAGUAAAACCAACAGAUUAGGUAAAUAAAAUAAAAACAGAUAAAAUUCAAGGUUGGCAAAUAAUGCAGAGUGGAUGUGAAUGUGGAAAAAUCAUAAGGUACAGAUGUGCAGAGACAGAACCCAAGGUUCCAAAACUGGAUGGCACACAAUGCUGAAUGUUUUUUUUAUUUUUGUAUUUAUUUGUAGCCCACAUUUUGUUGAAGAGAACCAAUUUAUAUUGAUAAUAAUUUAAAUAUAGUCACUAAAUUUCCAAAAGUUUCAAUGUUACUGUGAGGUGCUUUAUUCCACUACUUUAACCCCUCUAGUAUUGCACAUUGUUCUUUCUUUCUUAUCCUUAAUGUUUAACCAUCUUCUUUUAAAAGAAUAUAAAAAUGAUGACUUUAGCUACUGUAUCUGCUAACUAUGGUUAUUAUUCAAUACCUGCUACAUGUCUUUCUUUUAUUGCUGUUUUGCUGAUUCCAUUCCAUCCUUCAUAAGGAUCAUCAAGAUGAAGAUAUCAAGCUCCUGUAGUUUCACUGGCAAGCAGUUCCAUAUUGGCACUAAAUCUUCACAACUCAAGGGACACCAGAUGUUUUUUUCUGAUCAGAAGAUACUUGAACUUGAUAUCAAAUUGUACACCUUAAUUGACAGACUACUGUGCUCUUAGUUGUCAUUCAGCUUUCAUGCUAUAGCAGGUCUUUGGUAAUAAAUAUGUUUUGUGUUUAGAUCAGUUUGGACAUAUUUCUGUGGGAAUAUGGACCUCUGCAUUGACAUGAAGAAUUAAAAACCAAACAACAACUGACAAAUGUGAAAUCUUUUCUUACAUUUCUGUCACCUGGGAUACAUUUUAAAAUAAUUGUUUUUCAUUAAAAACAAUACCUUGUACAACCUACAGUAAUUUUAUUGCCAGUGAAGAGUAACAGGUCCUUAAUAUGAAUUUUCGUUUAAUGAGGAAAGGUGCAUUUUCUUUAAUGGCCACUAGCAAACUCUUCUCUGUAUGCAGGAGGGUUUGUUAAUCCGUUAGAAGAGCCGUGAAAAAUAAUUUGUUCAAGACUGUGGGAAACAUGGAUUUUAAAAUGAAAUUUAAUUUGUCCUUUGUGAAAGCAUUUAGCAUUCCCACAAGGCCAUUAGCUGUUUACAUCUUGUAAUCAAAAAUUAUUUGCUGACUUCAAGGCAAGAAUUUGUUAAGUGAGGUAGACCAAGCCUACUGAGGCGCACAGAAGUUUUUGUAUGUUUAAAAAUGAAAUACAAGUGCUUAUAAAUUAUGAAAAUGUUUCUUUUUUUAAAAAAGUCCACAGAAUAUUUCACAUAAUAAAACAAACCAAAGAGAGCACUUGUGAUGAGGCAUUUCUAUCACAUCAAGAAGAGGAUACUGUAUAGAUAACUGUCUGAUAUGUGACCACUGCACAGCCUCCACUCAAAUGGAUGGAAUCCUAAAAUUAUAAAGUCAAGAAAGCCCCUUCCAGACUCCGCAAAGCAGAUAAAGAGAUUGUGACCACGUGAAAGUGAACUAGAGGGACACAGCUUUUAAUAUUACUACCCUCAACCUCUAGGAGCAUGGCUUUGAGUCCCAGCCAAGUUCUUUCUCGUUGGAGUUUCCAAGUUUUCUUCCAUCUGUCCAUAUAUUUUAGGGACUCCCUGCUUCCUAAAGACAUUUAUGUUAGACUGCUUGAUUACUACAUAGGCCUAGUAUGAGCUGGUGUUGAUACAUAUU